GCUCGGCGCACGCAGUCAACCUGUUGGAGGGGGGCGGGUAUCGACCGGCCAGGGCGAGGCUCCUCAGUCCCGGACGAACCAUAGCCGCGCGAACACGUGCUGUAUAAGUGCAAGUGAUAGUGCGAAAUGCAGUUGCCGGCAGUAAGCUGGCCGCAGUGAAACAACAGCUUCAGGAUGCACGCGGUGGGCCUGCACUCCGCGCUCGCCAUCCGCCGCGAGCGCAAGCGCCGCGCCGAGCAACAGCGCGCCAAGGAGCGCCGCUACUCUCUUCAGUCGUCCGAGUCCGGGGUCACCUCGCCGCACUGCUCCACCGGGAGUCUCGAACGACGCCGCUUCAAGAAUACCAGAACCACUGACAAUGAGGUCGUUUCUUCUGUGGGUAUGCUCCACCUGGGAGUUGUAUUUCUAGUACUUGGCUUAUUUCUGGUCGGAUCCGGUUGGCUGCCCGAUAACGUCACUUCUUGGAGCAGCGUCGGCUCUGUCAGCUGGUUCAAUGAGCUCGUAUGUUCGGGCCUAUUCGCACUGACUAUUGGCGUUUUCUUAAUUGCACUGCAUAAGUACCUGACGAAAAGCGAGGAGGAUGCUUUGGAAGACUACGUGCAAAGGCAGUUAACACGAUCCCGCUCAGGUCAUAGAUUAGAGAGGGACGCUGAAACUGGCGGGAUGCAUACUAAACACGGCAGACGGGCUAGAGCAACUGAAGUACUUCCAGAUACUAUCUCCGAGACCUACGUAGAGCCAUCGCCUGAUAGAGUGCAUGGCUUCGUUAAUGCGCUUGCUUUGAAUGGAGAUGCUCUGAAAGAAUCGCCCCUAGAACAGAUCGCCGAGGAAGAAAUAUCGGUUACUUCAGAGACUGACAGAAGAUUAGGCCGGUUUAACAAGGACACUUACUCCACGCCGUCUGUUGCACCAAGUUUGAGUCCAGGAUCGCCUUCUGAUACCAAGGAGUUGUUGUCAGAUGGACGUUACAUGAUUAUGUCUCGAAUGUGAGCAAAUUCAAGUUCGAUAAAUCAAUGAUUCUGAACAAAUCCUUCGUAUCUAGUGAAAUUCUGUCACAGAAAAUCCAUUCAGAAAUUCUUGUGCAGUAAAAUUUGCAAACGCCGCUAGUGCGAUUAGACAUGUCCGAAAUCAAUGACUUAUCGAUAAAUCUUCACGUUCCUAAUCUCUGAGUGGAAGACUAACCUGUGAAGUGAUUUGAACUUUUUAAUCUCCUGUGAUUGGGAAGAUACCUUUUCACAAACUGUUAUUUUAAUGCCUAUAAGUAUUUUGUAACUUUGUAACCGUUCUGCUGAUUCUUAAGAGUGUGCUUCGAAGCUUCAAAGCAGCAUUCAACGGGUAUUUUUUUAGUUUUGAGAAUUGAUUGUAUUUUAUAUUUUAACAGAUGGACCAAAUCUUUUGUAGAUUAGCAGUAAGUUAAUUUACCUCGUUCAUUGUUGCAUGCAUGUGAUCUAUUGCAAUAUUUGAAACACAACUAACAAAGGUUUAAAUUAUUUCUAAAGUAAUUAAUAUCGACAAUUGAAUUAAAGGGGAGUUUGGUGCUAAAAAGUCCUUACAAUCCAAAGUGUUUAUUUACAAAUCCCCUUAAAAAAAUUAAACCGAAAUCUCUUCAGGUGCUUGCAAUAAUAAAAGGGGCUAUGAUAUGUAAUAUUAAUUAAUUAUGAUCGACAUUCCGUGUGUUUUGGCUUGAGACUGAUUGUUAUAUACUGUUCUUGUAUCUAAAAGUUUUGUAAGUACGAUAUUAGUGUUUAUUCGUUUAUUUUUUAAGUAUUCCUCUUGAAGUGUUAAAUAUUUACAUCUUGAAACUUUAUCAACAAAUUUGUUGUUCUGACGAUUUUACCUUUUAAGUUUUUAGUACCAAUUUACUGAUUUAAAUAGACUCGUGCCAAAAUAGUAGUGGCAAUAAUUUUUGAAUUAUUUUUACCUACUCUCGUAUCUUAUAAAAC